UUCGCGCGUCCUGGAAGGAUUCUGAAGCAAGUGCUGACGCGAAGGUGUAUAUGGGACUGGCAAACGAAUCACCCAACCCCCCUUCUCCUUGAAUCAAAUCUCAACUCGUCACUCCAUCCUCUGUCGACAUACUCUGACCUCGUAUAGCCGAGCUCUGCCCUUACCUCGUUCUUGGGUGACCCUCGCGACACAUCAUGCCUUCCUCGCCGGCGAGAAAGGAAGGUGACAAACGCUCCAGAGCCUAUAACGAUCGACAACCUUCUCCAUCAGUGACUCCUCACACGACUUCCCACUCUGUACGGCCCUCUUCCUCCGCCUUCCAACCAGACAACCUUAACACUCCAUCGCAAUCCGCCGCCGCAGCCCGCCGUAGAUGUCGAUCCUCAUUCACACCUCCCUCUCCUCGGAUCGUCCGGCCUAACGGAUCAGCACAUCAAGCUAGGAUCUCGGCCGGUCCAGGUCGGAUUGUCACUUCCACGCCGAUCGCCCAAGUUCAUCUUUCACCUCUUCGUCUACCUUCGCCCGCUCUUGGAUGGUCGGCUCAUACGACGCCAAGGGGUAGAUCUCCAAGGGACAAUCUCCGAAGCACAGGGACCAUGCCGCCGUGGAGUUUCGGCUGCUGCAAGGAUACCCAUCAUCCUCUUAAGAAGCGGGAGCACGAACAGACACUCACUCAGAUGAAUCACCCUUUGCAGCCAUCUAGUGUUUCGUCAAUCAGCCUUGAUGCCCGGACACAACGCCAGGGGGAGGCUAGGACGGGAAGGAAAGACCACCCUCACACCCGCACGCCACCAGAGGCCCGAACUGAAGUCAUAGGACCUCACGGCUCACAAACACGGACGCCAGAGGUCCGGGGUGAUACAAGGAUAGAAACGCAAGAGGUGUACAACGGAACUCCCUCUCUACCUCGCAUGAUCAGACCUCUUCCUUCUGUCCUUGAGCCGUACACACCUCGAGCUCCCCCUCCUACACAGCAACUCCCUUCAUCCAGGCAGCAUCCUUACCCUUCCGUUCGAGAAUCGCCCGUGCCCGCUACUGUUGUCCGGACGCCGCAAAGGAGUUUCGUUGACUACACGCCGGGGGGGUCAGGAAUCAUGUUGAUCCAAAGUCCGACUGCCCAAGAUAGAGAUGAAGAGAACACGCCAUUGUUGCGUCUGGACCGUGUCAAGCUAAGUCGUCCGGAAAUUCGGAGUCCCCUUGCCAGAAUACCUGGUUCAAACGUUCCGGUCCACUCACCGGGAGCAGACGGUACAGCCUCUGUACAAGCUGCUAAAUGCACCCGGAUCUCGGUCUGUGAUAUCUGUUACAUUCGAAAGACAAAGUGUGACAAGGCCAGACCAUCAUGUCGCCUCUGUAUCGAGCGAGACUACCCUUGUCACUAUUCUGAUGGUGUCGAAUUGCCUAUCCUUCCGCCAAACCUCAAUGCCUAUCGAUCUGGACACCGUCGAAAGCCGUCCACCGGGAACAAGGAGCCUCCAGCCCGUAAAAGCUUCGUGACAAUUGUUUCGCCUACCAAUCCCAAAGAAAGGAUCGUCAUUCCCAUCCCUGAUUAUCAACCUGUUCCGUUCCGGCCUGGUAAAGCUUUCACAGCGUUCAAACCCAGGUCAAAGGAGCUGGCCGUAGCUAGGGACCUGGCCGAUAUGGCUUCGGCACCGGCCACUGGUGACAUUCCCGAGGAGUCAGUGGAGUCAGUGGUAGCAGGAAAUCAGCUCCCUGAUACUAAGGAUCAGCCGCCUGUUAGCGAAACGACGACAAGGUCUCAGCGAGAGCCUAUCGACCUUGCGCAACCAAAUGUUAAUCGUCAUGAUGAAAGUCCCAGUCUCGACAGGGGCCAUGUCAGUCUCCCGAACGAGUCAGUCGAUUAUCGGAUGGACACCCUUGUCACAUCGUGUAAGCGGGUCUUUAAAUUCUGGAAAAGAGACAGGGUUAAAGGAUCACACAAAUCUAUCGCAUGGUAUGGUGAUGAUGAAGCUAGUGAUGGAGAAGAGGCAACGUGUGUUACUUUUGAAGGGACACCGCUCAAAAGGAAGCGAGAGGAGGCUUUCCUGAGCCCAGACACCACUAGUCUUAAAAUCGAUGCGGGGCGCUUUAUGGCUCGCCUGAGGCGUUGAGUCAGGAUGGCGGCUUCCUGCUUCCUGAUCUCCUGGCCCCCCUGGUCAGUCAUGUAGACGACAAGAUCGUGUCAUGGCUUCCGUACAUGUCCGUAGAUCGCAUACAGACGACAGAUGGUCAUUUCGCAUGUCACCUCGCCUGCU